AUGGAGCUCAAGGAAGAAUGGAUCCUUCCGGACGCGGUAUACGAUAAUCCGCUGCUUAAACGAACACUUCUCGGUCUGCGGUAUUACGGGCUACUGUUGGGCCAUUCGCAAUCGUACAAGAAAGCGCACUGUUUCCGUGGUAUGGUUUUUACCGUGUCCAUGAUACUGUUCAACUGUACGCAGUACGUCGAUUUGUGGCAAGUUUGGGGAUCGGUUUCGGAUAUGACAGCAAAUGCGGCCACCACGCUACUGUUCACGACCACCAUCUUUCGGAUUAUUUUCUUCUAUUUUCAUCGAGCACGGUUUAAUAGCAUUAUUCAAGUAGCACACACCGGAAUUGAGCGAAUCCUUGGAGAUGGAUGGAGCGAAGAGAAGAAUUUAGUGACGAGCAAUGUUCGCUAUCUUAACCGACUUGCGGUUGUGUUUUGGAGCUGCGCAUUAGUAACGGCCAACAUGAUGUGUAUCUACUCGUUGCUGUUGUAUCUGAUGUACGAAGGAUCUAGCAUUACCGAGGAGCAACUUAAUUUGGACGGACUAAGCUCGAAUGUUACCACACCGCAACAGUACCCGACACCGAUUCUGCGCUCCUGGUACCCUACCGCAGAUGGGAUGGAUAAGCAUUUUCUCGAGAUCUAUCUCAUUCAGCUGUACAUCAUGUACGUGGGACAGCUGAUCGUUCCUUCCUGGCACAUGUUUAUGGUAACGCUGAUGAUUUACGGCCGUAUCGAGUGUAGUGUGCUGAAUCAUCGGCUUUGCUUUCUCGAUCGUUACCAUAAGCCGGAACAGGAGAACAAACCAAAAGCAAGCGUCCUUGACCAGGUAGAUAACGAUGAACGUCGUUCGCUUAUAAUCGAUUGCAUCAAACGGCAAGCAAACUUGGUUGCGUUCACACGCGAACUGGAGCAACUAACGCGUGCGGCCGUUUUCUUGGACUUUGUCGUAUUUUCCGUACUGCUGUGCGCGUUACUCUUCGAAGCAUCGAUGACCACUUCCGGUGUGCAGGUGUUUAUCGAUAUCUGCUACAUUACCACGAUGACGGUCAUUCUUUUCCUGUACUACUGGCACGCUAAUGAGAUACAUGCAUGCGCCGAUCAGCUGUCCAUGUCGGCGUACAAAAGUGACUGGUAUCGGUACGAUCGUGGUACAAACCGGAUGCUUCAGAUAUUUAUCCUGUACAGCAAUCGGCCACUGAAAAUGCAAGCUUUCUUUAUUUCCAUGUCACUGGAUACGUUCUUGGCGAUUCUGCGUGCAUCGUACAGCUACUUCACUAUUCUGAAACAACUAACCGAUUAA